CCACUCGAUGUACUGCAAGUCUUCGAUUCAAAUAGACGCGGUCCCCGUGGACUACACUAUUAAUGGUUUGAUUCUACUGGCUUACAUGACUGGCCUGGAAAAGCCAAAGGACAUUCGGGUCUGUAAUUUGACACUGUCGGGUUCGAAAACAAUGACUUGGACCGAUUGCUCCAAAUUUUGGGGAAAAUAUGUGAAGCAGUAUCCGUUAUCCUACUGCCUGUGGUACCCGGUAGCGAAGGAAAAGAAUUUUAAAAUUGAACAACAGAUAGAUGCAUUCUUCACACACGUCCUACCCGCUUAUUUUAUUGAUUUAAUAUUGUUGUUACUGGGACAGAAGACGUUCAUGAUAAAUGUUUUAAACCGUCUGACGUAUGGCCUCGAAGUUCUAGAAUAUUACACAACUAGGAAAUGGGAUUUUAAGAAUGAUUACUUCAGGUAUCUUGGAAAUAAGAUACCAAAAGAAGAGAAGGAAGUAUUCUACACUGAUUUAUCUUUAGUCGAUAUUGAUGACUUCAUGAAGAACUAUAUAAAAGGUAUUCGCGAGUUUUAUUGUAAGGAGGACGCUUCAACUCUACCUAAAGCGAAGAAACUACUAAGACGAAUGUAUUACCUGCACCUUUUCACCGUGUAUAGCGUAUACGCCAUGUGCUUGUAUAUUAUAUACUGUAUUUAUAUAAAGGUGUUUUCAUGAAAUGUUUCACUUUAGAAAAAAAAUCUAUGUUAAAUAUACAAAUAAUAAAUAAUAACGUGGGAAA